AUGUCGAGUACACAUCUAGAUCAAGAGCUCAGAGAGAUUCAAGCCCGUGAACUGCAAGCUUACGCACAUCUUCGCAGACAGCUCGGCCUUGACCCCAUCCCAGAACAACAACAACAACAACAAGACACAUCGACUACCCUCCCUCCGCCUAUCCCGCCUCGUAAUCCAGCUCGUGGGACGCACUAUGCUUAUAUCCCCAAGGAGUGUCAUGCAUGUAACCUGUCAUUCACGAAAAACAACACACAGAAGCAGAAGAUGCCGCAGCAGGAGUCGUCGCAGCAGAACCCUCCACAAGCGGUGAGCAAACAGCCAAGACCAAAGCUUCCCACGUAA